AUGAUUCCAAGAGCUCUGUCAGUGGCUGACCCUGAAAGAGUCAGAGGAGGAAAACCUUUGGAAACACCGGGAACUGAAGAGAAGGAAACGCAGAAAAAGGACAGGAUGAGAAAGGAUAAAAAGAAAUUUGGACAGUCUCUCUAUGGCCAAGUUGAUAAAAAAGGAGGGAAGAAAUGGCCAGCGGCAAAGAACCCCUAUUUGAACUCGUCCUUUUUAACCCUGCAGAGCGGGGUGGUUUACCAGGACAAAAACGCCACGGCCCAGCGAAUCUCCUCCGCCAGGCUCCACAAAAUCAAAGAGCUGAAGAACGAAAUGUUCGACUUGCAAAGGAAAAUUGAGGCCUCGAGCUUGGAGAACGCUGCUCUGAAAGAUCUGAACCGCCGGCACUCCAGGGCCAUCGACAGGUACGACAGCUCAGAGAGCCAUCUGCAGGGGCUGCUGGCAGAGCAUCAGGACGAGAUGAGAAAUCUCAAAAAGCUCCUGAAAAUGUCCCAGGAGGCCGAGAAGAACACAGCCAGGGAGCUCAAAAGAGUUGAAGCGGAGCUGAGGAGGACGAAGGGCGAUCUGAAGACUUUGGUUGUGCUGUCAGAAGACAAAGCUCUGGCAGAGAGGGAGGAACUUAAUCGCAGGUUGUUGGUCCUUAACGAAACACUGGAAGCAAAGGACGAGAGGAUACAGAGUCUGGAAAUGCAGCUGAAGCUGAACAACAGCAUCUUUAGCCGUCAGCUGGCAAGUGAGAGUAAAAAACUCCUGGAAGCCACGAUGAUCACAAAAGACCUGCUAGUGGAAAUUAGCAUCGUUCACCAAAAAAUUAAGGAAAAGGAUCGGCAACUUUACAUAAAGAAUAUUUAUGCAAAUCGGAUGCCGAAAGCCCUGAGGGACAGAAGUGAUUGGGUUCCUAAUGACCAAAGUCUGAGAGUAGACAGAUCAGUACAAGUAGAUAAAGAGAGUUUUAGAGAGCUGCUGCUGCCUCAGCACCAGGAAACAGAAAAAAAUCCAAUCCGGCUAAAAAAGGGGAAAAGAGGAGAGAAGUGUGGAGAAGGUAAAGCAAAGGAGGUGCGCUCAGAUGCCCAGGAUAGAAAAGAAAAGCAGGCAACCAAGAAAGUACCAGUGCCAGAAACUUCUAACAGGACACACAGAGGGGCCAAACUACUGAUGGAAGAAUGCAAUUUCCCAGAAUUCAUUCAAGAAAUGGAAAAACAGACAGAGGUUUUUGAAGAGGAGUUGAAAAGUCUGACGAAAUCUGAACAAAAUCCUCAAGGUGACGGAGUAAAAGAGAACAAUCAGAACAAUCAAGAGGGAGAGGCAGUGGGAAAAGUUGAAAGAGAAGAGAAAAAACCACAUGAGCAGCAAAAGAAGAAAGCCAGGAGUGAAGGUGCUGCUCCAAGCAAAGACCCCACUAGGCUGAAAAGAAAAUCCAUCUCCUCAAGGGAUGCCGAGAAUUUGCAUCAGGGGCUCCACGCUUCAGGUGCCACAUGCAAAGCAGGCAGCCUGAGCAGCCAGAGGCAGAGCUGCAGUAACACUGCCGUGCCCAGGGGGAAAAUUUCCUUCGGGGUUUAUGAACCUUCUUUUGGGCAGGACGGCACCUCUGGAGUGGGAGGAACACCUGAGGCAGGAGCUCUUUGGGGAGGGCUGUCUGCAAGGAGAGAACCCCUCGAGUUCCAGCUGCACGAGGGGGAAGGCAGGAAAGCGAGGGGUGCAAGGCAAAUCCCAAAAUCCAUGCCAGGGUCCAUCUCUCCUCAUUAA